AUGUCUGAUCCCAUCCCAUCCGCAGCAGCUGAUCCAAAUAACGUGGAGAAACCCCUUCCCUCGAAUGCCGAAGAUCGCAAAGCGGCCGCCGCCCUCUCCUCUCUCAAAACAAAUGAGAUCGUAACGGAGGGUGCCUCCGGCAGGGCACCGGACACUGCCAGCCAGGAAGCUCUGGGAAAAGCAAUGAGCCGACUUGAGAUAGCUGUUGGACAAGCUUCGAAUAAUAAUGGAGUGGCUGCAAGGAAGUCUCAAGAGGCGGCCAAGAGAAAGGUGGUUAAGGUUGCUUCGGCUGAUGUUGCCUUGCUGGUGGAUCAUCUAGAUCUGACCAAAGCGAAGGCUACUGAUUUACUAAAAGUGCAUGACGGUGAUGUUACGAUGGCGAUCAAAGCAUUCAUUGCACCCCCCUCUAUUCGGGUGUAA